AUGUUCUUUUCUACUUCGAGUAUCGUCGCGGGGAUGAGCUUGCUCUCCCUUGCACUAGCUGCCCCCUCGAUUCCAGGUGCGAGCACACUUAAGAAGCGUGGAUUCUCUUGUGCCAGCCCUGUCGCCGGCCUUACUGCCGCAGAUUGCACCCACAUGUCGACUAUCGGGAUGGCCGGUAUGGGAACAAACUCAAAAGCUGCCAAUGGUGGAGUCUGGAUCGGAAGUCAGGGACCCAACACAUUUGUUUUCACCAACGGUGCAGCUACACCUGUCACUGUGAUCAUCUGGACCCAGGCAGCCGGAGAUUAUCAAAGCUCGUUCAUGAACGCAAAAAGGCCCCAAGUUUCAUAUUCAUUGAAAGCUGGUCAAACCGUCACAAUAUCCAUGGCAAACGGGGUAUCCGGUGGAUGGGCUGGUCUUUACAGUGGACAGACCACAUUGAGCCAGUAUGGCCAGGUCCACAAUACUUGGGGUGAAUUCACCACCGGUGCCUAUGCCACCGUAGAUGUUUCUCGCGAAGUCAACAUGGGAGGAAAUGCCAUGUCCAUUCAAGUCAGUGGCUGCACUUCCAAUAUGUCGAAGUGUGUGUUCACGUGUAAGAGUGGUAGUACCUGCGGCGAGGCUGGUACUUAUUCCUUGGCCAACUGUGCGGCUGAAAGUCAGACUGGUGCCACAUUUGGUUUUGCUGGUGGUCAGCCAUCAGGUGGUUGUCAAGGGUUCAACAAUGGUGGGAAAGUGUCUGUUACUUUCUCAAACUAG